UUGUAUUUUGUGAGAUACAGACAAACAUAAGCCAAAACAUUCAAGAACUCACAUGUCCUCGAAUUAACUAGCUUGAUAGUCAAUGGAUUCAGUCCCGAAGCGCUUGAUCUUGCUCAUCUUACUGACCAGCAUAGCCGAAGGCCGGAUUCUGGAGCUGUCCACCUCUGAGAAUGAGCUGAUCUCAGACGGAAUCGAGAAGCAAGAAUCAGUAGGAGGUUGCAGUCACCAGUAUGGCUUCCUGCCCUGUGCAGAAAAUGCUGCCGGUUACAUUUUUCUCAUAGUGGUGUACCAGGUGCUACUGGUGAUCGGAGGGAGGCUGAUAAGCAGCGGGAGCGAGAUGCUUUUACAUAUCACCGGAGCUGGAAAGUUUGGCGGCAUCAUCUUCCGAAUCCUAAUGGUGUUGCCUUCUAUGAUGCUCAUGAUCUUAUCCGGGAUCUUCAGCAGCAAGGAGGGUGCUCAAUCGCAGGUUGCAGUCGGUGUCAGCAUUUACGCUGGAAUCACUGUCUUCAGUCUUACAAUCCAGUGGGGUGUGUGUAUGAUAUAUGGCAAGAUUGACUUGAAGAUGACACCGAAUUCUUCUUCGUCAAAGAUCUUGAAAGAUACUGGUGUGAAGAUCGAUAAAAGGACUAGUUACACCGCUGGGAUUAUGCUGCUGUCGUUGAUCCCUUACGUCGUGCUGCAGCUGGUUUUUGUCAUCGAUAGCUUGUCUGGGGAGCGCGUCGUAACUUUGAUAGCUUUUGUUAUCUCAUCCUUGUCUCUGCUGUCGUAUUCCGGCUAUCAGAUUUGGGAUCCUUGGAUGCAGGAAAGAAGCUUGAAGUACUCCGAGUUUGAUAUUGUCCGGACAGGAUUUCUGCAGCAUGUGAAACAGUUAGGACAGCUUGUGAAUCCAGACGGCAAACUCAACGUCCAUCUCAUCAAAGGAUUAUUUGAUGCAACAGACAACGAUGCUGACAAAGUCGUGGCAGUGAAAGAACUGAGGAAACUGGUGAGCAACAUCUUUAGAGGUGGGAGGACGAGCACCGAGAAAAACGAUGCAGUGGACAAAGUCAUGGAUUUUUUCGACAAGAACGAUGAUGACCAGAUCACCGAGGCAGAGUUCAUCAAAGGAUUCGAGCAAUGGGCUAUUGAAGCCGAGAAAUCUACUUCGGACAGUGAUUUCUUUCCCAAAAAUAUGGGUGAACAGGUCCUUAACCUAUUCAAAGAGAAGAAAGAAAACCGAGUACAGACGAUGGACAGAAUAAUGGCAAAGAUUUUGAAGCAUGCUGAAGGCCACCUACUCAAAUCCGAAUCACUCAUCACAGAGAACGGGAAGCCAAAUAUCGAUCGUCUUAAGGAACUCUUCAAGGAAUUUGACACUGAUGGAAACAAGUCAAUAUCAGCACCUGAGCUGAAGCAGCUUAUAACAAGAGUCAAGUUCCAAUCCUACAAACUGAACGAGGACGAAGUGUUACGUGAGACCUUUCGAGAAUUUGAUCAGAAUCACAGUGAUUCGAUCGAUGAGCCAGAGUUUGUGAAUGGAAUGACCAAGUAUCUGGAUAAGGCCAUUCAUGCUGCACAUACGUCCCAAAUCGACGGGACGAAGAUUAUUCAAGAUUUCGACAGGGUUAUGUGGAAAGGAGCAGAAUACGGGAAACGCAAUUUCUUCAGAUCAGUAUUUCAAGUGUUGUUAGGGAUUGGUAUGUUAACCUUCCUGGGAAAGCCUCUGACCACUAACAUUCUACAGUUGUCGAAUGCAAUGGGAUUCCCAUCCUUCGUCAUCUCCUUUGUCGUCGUGCCACUGGCCAUGAAUGCUCGAUCUGCUGUAGCAGCGAUCCUCCCAGCCAGCAAGAAGAGUGAAGAAACUGCUUCUUGGACAUUCUCCGAGAUAUAUGGUGGGGUGAUAAUGAACAACAUGGCUGGAUUGACGACGUUGUUGGCGAUUGUAUAUGCGAAAGAAUUGAGAUGGGAUUUCACAGCAGAAGUGCUGGUUAUCUUAGUGGUGUGUGGGACGAUAGGCAGUCUCGCAUUCUUCCGAACAACGUACCAACUAUGGACGUGCAUACUAGCAUUCCUCCUUUAUCCUCUCUCUUUGGGAUUGUUUUAUUUUGUUCAGAUUUCCUAUAGCUGGAACUGACGUUUUCUUCUACUUUCACUUUGCUGUGAAUUGAAGGUUGCUAGUUUUAUGGCAUGCUAUAAAAUGUCAAGAAUGUUGAAUGUUGAA